ACUAAAAUUAAAUAUUUUGAACCUAAACAUAUUAAGUUCAUUUACAGAUUAAGACUAGGAGUUUUCUUCAAUCAACGCUACUUUCAUACAAUAAUUUCACUAUUUUGUUUUCUAUAAGUGGGAGCUGCCGAAAAAUUGUAAUAUACAUUAAAUAACGUACAUAAUACAUUAAAGAAAAUAAAACUAUUCAACACUACUUCAAUUGUGUCAUAUUUAAUUCCUAACCAAAAACCAAACAGGUAAGAAAAAGGUGAAUACCAUGGCAUCUACUUCUACUCAAGAUACUUCUGAACCAUGUUUUAUAAUUAGGACCAAUACUGACAAGUUCUUUGAAAUCCUCCGUAAUGCUAGAGACUUAGAAAGGCAGAAUAAAAUAAAUUUAGCAUUAUUAGAAUAUGAGAAAUGUUUGACUACUAUUGAUGAUGUUUUAAUGGUUUCUUUACCUCGUUCAACUAACCCAAAUUCUGAAUGGAUUGCAGCAGAUAACACUCGACAAUACUUGAAAGCAGAAAAAAAAGAAAUUUUAAAUAAAAUUGUUGAAUUGCAAAAAGACAACGGUUCUACAAUGUAUGUUGAUAGGCCAAUACAGAGUCCACCCUCAUAUCAAGAAACUAUUUGUUCUGAUGAAAAACGUUCAAAUGCAUCAGAUCAUGAUAAUGACACUAAUAUGCCAGAAAUUUUAAUUUCUUACAAUCAAUUAAAUUCUAUGUUAAGUGAUUUACAAAGAGACUUAGAAAAAAAUUCUUCAACUACCUUGCUUUUUAGUUGUUCUGACUCUCAAAUUUUUUUCAUUCCAAUUGAUGGUCAAGUUUCUUCUCCCUUAGAAAAAUCUACAGUUAAAAUCAUCAUGCUUGAAGGUAUUAAUGAAAAUAUCCCGGCUCGAUAUUUUCUUUGUGUUGAUGAUAUAUAUUACCCAUUAGUUCAAAAUGUUUCUCCAUGUCUUCGAACCAAUUAUGGAGCAUUUGUAUUUCCUGAUAUUCAAACCAGCAACACAUCUAUUGGUGUUCUAGUUCCCUCUGAGCAUCUAGAUCAGUUAACAGAUAUUUUGGAAGAUAUUCUACAAAAGUCAUUAAGAACAGACUCUGCUCGUGAGCAAGGGCGUAAAAUAUCUGCCCAUAUUGUUAAAGGGGCAACUUUUUUUUCAAAUAGUCUAGUUAAAGGAGCUGAAAAAACCUCAGAAUUUAUAAAUAAUUCUACACCUGGGUUAUUAAAUUACAUUACACCUGCUCAACAUGAAAAAUGUGUAAAUCAAAAAGUAGAAAAAGGAAUUAAAACUGCUAAAAGUGUAACUGCUACAGCUGCAAGUGUAACAUGUUUUUUUGCUGAGAAAAUAGGAUCAGCUUCAUAUGAGCUAGGAAAGUAUUUAGCACCUCAUAUACAAAAAGGAGGUACAAAAAUUUUAAGUGGAGUAACUGGUAUGAACUCAAAUGAUGCAUCAAGACAAGUAUCAAAUGCAUUAGACAUUGCAGCUGGUACAAUUGAAGGAUUUGGGAUUGUUUAUGAUGGAUUAGAAAAAUCAGGAAUUUUACUGGGUAGCAGUAUUAAAAAUAAUACAGUUUUAAUAGUUCGUCAUAAAUAUGGACAUAAUAUCGGAGUUGUUACUGAAGACACAUUUGAUACUGUUGGACAUGGAAUAUGGCUCACAAAAAAUAUUAAAGAUUUAAAGCCAAAGAAUAUUGUCAAAAAUACUGCAAAACAAACUGGUCGCGCUCUUGUUGUUCCAGAAAAUGAUUAAUAGUCAUUAAUAAUGAAAUUUGACCAUGUAAUCAAAUCAUAUUUAAUAGGCUAUUAUAAAUUCCAUUUUCUAAUAUUUAAAUAAAUUGAAUAAUGUUAAAUUUAAUUUUUUUAAUUAUUUUUAUCUGUAUCUUAAAUAGAAAAAUUGAAAAAUUUAAUAAUAUUAUCAUUGUUUUUAUUUUUAUACGUAGUUAUACAUUUUAUUAUUGGUGUAAAGUUUUUAUUUUGAUAAAAGGUGUUUUAUUGUAAAUUUAUUGAUUAUUUUUGUAUUAGAGAAAAUUCAAUGAAUUAUAUUACCAAAAAUAUUUAUAUAUGAAAUAUCUAUAUCAAUACAUUACAUAGAUAGUUGUAUCCACUGGCAUGAUCAAAAUGUGAAAAAUUUGCACAAAAAUUGUAGUAUAAUAUUUUAUUUACAUUGA